UAGGAGCUUAAACAUGUGGCUUUCCUUCAUCAUAAUAUUAUUAUCGCUACAGGUUUCUGUCGCUGAACGUGAUAUGAUUCCUGUUUUCGUGAUCGACUAUGAAAAAGUGCUGACCGAACUACUAAACGAAGCGAAUCCGUUUAUGAAAAUGAAGUCUACCGAAUUUUCAAAAAUCAUCGAACAGGCUAUAGAGCGAGCAAAAGUAGUCAUACUAUUCGUUGAAGAAACAUUUUGUACUGAAGACAUAAGUAUUAAAGACAAAAAAGGCUCCCCUUUCUACCACUUGGGUCAAGCGUUGAAAGAAAAUAGAGUGAAAUACCUCCCAACGGUUUCUCAAGCAUUUAAGACACUGAAAAGUCAUUUACAGCCGUUAGCCAGCUAUGCGUUUUAUUUGAGCGAUUCCAAUUCAAAACUACAGAUAUAUGAUCAAAAAUUGCGUCACUUUUACAUUUAUUUUAAAGAUAGGGAGAAUGAAACUCGGGUGUCUGCGUUAAGGCGACACGAUUUGCUAAUGAAAGAAGUCUAUUUUGUCGUUCGUGAGAUCGCGGCUGGUCCGGUUGUAGCGUUUUACACGGGCAAGGUGAAUCCGGUUGUUGUUGAAAGGUUGACGUUUGUGCCCAUCGAGACGCCGAAGGUUAGGCUGCAUCCAGGGGUGACGAUUUCUAGUGCUGGAGCACUUUUUAGGUUUAUUGAUGUCUACACGACAACAGGCACGCGUAGUUCCAUGUUCAGCCAGAUCCCGCUGGUAGCCGAGGAGUCUUGGCAGGAGCAUGGCCUGACCACCCGCAUGGCGUAUACCGAUUUCGAGCUGGAGUUCAACUUUGACUUCAAGGACGAUGGGUGGACUAUUGAAAACGUAGCUCUCCUGGAAUGGGGCGAGGAGGUGGGUCGCACAGACAUGCGCGCGGGCGCUCCGUGGAACUGGUCGUAUGUCUGCAGCGAGCCGCUGGUGCUGGUCAACAUGAGAGACGGCAGUGCGGUCACCAUCUCACACUACCAAAUCCAGCCGUUCAACUUCAAAGAACACAUAAUCGGCCGAAACGCUAACUCCUCGAACGAAGCGCGUUGCUUUGGGCCUGCGGUGAACUGCGGGCCUUACUUCAGCGCACAGAUCCUCGCGGGGCUGAUGGUGACGUGCUUGUGCGUGGGCAUCUUGACGUACGGCGUCGCGUCCAUGUACAGCAUACACGCCAACACCAGAUACGACGACUCGCAGGGGAAGCCGCUGGUCAUAUAGUCGCUGAAGGGGGUGGCCACUAGGCGUUUUUCUUAUCACUAGUAAUAAUGUAUGGUGGCCACUGGGUGUUUUUAGGGUUCCGUACCGCAAAACAAAAAAACGGAACCCUUAUAGG